AUGGCUACACGUUCGUUUCUAUUCGUUUUAUGCUUAGCUUUUGCUUGUACUAUUGAUAGUCGGCAUCUUGAUCAUCAUCAUCAUCAUCAUUCAAAGCAACAUCGAGUUCGUCACUUAUGGGAUAUAAUAAAAGGAAAAUUUAUUGAUAAGUUUAAUUUCGAUAAUCGUCAUUUUCGUCAACAUGAAAUGCUUCUUUUUCCUGAUAUUGGAUUUCAAUCGUUAAACAAUAAUGAUACAUGGAAAAUCAUAGUUCAUGGUUGGAAAUAUGAAAAUCCUGUACGAAAAAGUUGGCUUGAAAUUGGCGCAGAUGUAUGGAUGGCAAAAUUUACUAGAAAUCUAAUAAAUCAAAAUGAUAAAUUAACUAUAAAUGGAUCAAUUAAUUAUGAUCGACUGCGAACAUUUUUUGUUUCUGAUGAAUCAAAUAAAUUAAUUAAAAUUUUAAUAGGUGACCAUGAGAAGUCAUUGAGUACAGAUAAGUAUGGUCAAUUUUUGGAUCAAAUUGACAUGACAAACCAGGACGUACAAAAAUUAAAAAAAGAACAAGGAAGUGAUAAUGUGAUUAACUAUGAAGCUACGAGUAAUGAUAAUCCGAAAUCAAUAGGAAUCAUACGACUUAUUGAGCCUAGACAUGGCAUUUCAGUUAUUAGUGAUAUUGACGAUACAAUUAAAAUUUCUGAAGUCUUUGAUAAAAUACGUCUUAUUGCCAAUACAUUUAUUUUUCCUUUUAAACCUGUGCCAGGCAUGUCGGAUCUAUAUCAGCAAUGGCAAAAAAGCAAUAAAAAUUGUACAUUUCAUUAUCUAUCAGGUAUGCCUGAUCAAUUAUAUACAUUAACACAAGAAUUUAUCGACGAUAAUAAUUUUCCCGAUGGUUCAUUUCAUAUGAGACAUUUUGGCUGGGCCAUUGGAACUUUAUUUGAUUUUAUUCAUCCUGAAGCAACAUUUAAUCACAAAAUUAGCUAUUUAAGAUUCUUUCUAUCGAAUACAAUUCGCGAUUUUGUUCUUGUUGGUGAUAGUGGAGAAAAAGAUCCAGAAACUUAUGCGACAAUUACAAAAGAGUAUCCUGAGCGUAUCCGAGCUAUUUUUAUACGAGCAGUGAAAGGUGAAUCACCGAGUGAUCAACGUUUUCUAAAUACUUUUCAAAGUAUACCGAAAGAAAAAUGGUUGAUAUUCGAUGAUCCUAAACAAAUACCAAUUGAUUUAUCGCGAGCACCAAGAGCAAUAUUUUCGUAG